CAAUGAUUAUGCAGAGGAAAGGUGAUAAUGACUUCCUAUUAUGAGUUAACGGCCGGAGUGGAGAACAGCCCUCUGUUCACUGACUUCAGCCGAGCAAAAGAGGUCAUAAACCUGGACCUGGGCGGCAGGUCUCAUCUUGAACUCAGCAGUUGUUAUGAGGAGGGAAAACUGGAGGUGGAAGCUGCCUCUGAAUUAUAUUCUUCGUAUCUGACUGUGUGCAACCCUCCGGACAGCCCUCCUCCUCCACCGCACUGUGGGACUCUCGAGGGCUUCUUUACACCGGCCUCCCAGCACUCUUGUCGUGUCCCCUGGCGGUGCAGGGCGCAGGGCUCUCUGGGACGCGGAUAUUCAAACAAGAACGAGACUAGACACUGCAAUUUGGGGCCACUUGCAAAACAAAUUCACACAUCCUCUAAAAAUAGCUGCGAAUUUCACGUUGCCAUGGGAAGUUCGAACAGCUCGGACUGUAACGGAGCUGCUACGGAUGACAGGAGGAAAACUUUUGAGUGGAUGAGAGUGAAAAGAAGUCAGCAACGGGCGGCCAGAAUGCACAUGACCCAUGGGUUCAGUAUUGUCGACCCGGGCCUCGGUGUUCUAGAGGACGGAAACCGCAGCAUCUGCACGGACGACCAUCCAACGGUGAACGGGGUCCCGAGGACCAGCUACAGCACCAAGCAGCUGACUGAGUUGGAGAAGGAGUUCCACUUUAACAAAUACCUCACGCGAGCCAGGCGAGUGGAAGUUGCCAGCACCCUCCAGCUCAGCGAGACGCAGGUCAAAGUUUGGUUUCAGAACAGACGCAUGAAACAGAAGAAAUUACAGAGGGACGGGCUGCUCUGAGACUAGCGACCCGGGUCCCCUCCCGGCACUCAAACGCUGAACCCCUUGGACACCCAGCCUUCUGCCGGACCAGCCUUGCCUAAGCACCUGCCCCUGAACUCAUGAACUUCAUCGUGCGUUAGACGGCAAUGGCUCCAGUCGGCAGAUGUUUUGAUUCGCGUUUGCAUCGUUCUCAAUCAAGCUUUACCUUUAUUUGUUUACCACGAUGGAUGCUAUUCGCGAGAAGCGCAAUGGCAGGUUUCUCCAUGCAAGAACGGGUGACUGCGAUUUGUCAUGAUCCCGGCUACAGACUGGCUCUCUGAUUUGAAUAUUAAAAUUCAAGUCAAUCCAUUGCGCUCCUAUCUACACAAUGUAAACGAAGAUACAAACUUAUUCAAUUGACCAUGAAAACUGCUGAAGACCUUUUGUUUAUUUUAGACAAUUUAUUGAGGAACCGACUUUACUAGAAUAUAAUUAAUUCCUAAAGGACACGUGUUCAGGCUUUUUAUUUAAAAACAGAGAAUAUAUUAUUAUCUAUGUGGUAUACAUCUGAUGUUUAUUUUUUUUCAAAAUAGAACCCAUUUAGUACAUUGUGUUUUUAAGAUUUCGGUGAGUUAAGCAAAGCAUUGGAUCAAACCACACUUCUGCGGUCUCAGACAAUUAAAUAAUUAAUUUAUUCAGUUCAAAUUGUACAUCAAGCAAAUGCAACUGAUUUGUUAGAAAAGUAAAUUUAGCAAGUUUUAGAUGGUGAAUUUGUGACGCCUAUUUACCCGAUUUGGAUGUUUUAUUAGACCGUCUUCCUCACGUAGAGAUAAUAACGCCAUCGUUGACGGAUAGAUUUAUUGACUGCAUGUAUUACAGUAUUGAUUCUUGGUGAUUCAUUUAAGGCACAAAUCUGGGGGUAUUUGCAUGCAUCUGUAACUGCAAGUUAACAGAACGCAAAAACAUCACGACCGGGAAUUGUUGCGUCUUUUAUUACCCGUUUUUAUGCAUCAGAAAAUGAUAAUUUCGUUUGAACACUCAUGCGGGAGAAGAAACAAUAAAAGAAUGUCUGUGUUGUUUUGCAGAUCCACCCAUAAACUGUGUGGCCCCAGCAGAUGCAGCAGCUAAAUACUCCUCCCAGAUUCCCAUCUCAUCUCAUAUAAAGUAAAUGAUUGUAAACACGACCCUUAAACACUGCUGUGGCUCUUGGUAUCACAGUGCGUUUCUAUCAUGUUUAUGUCUGUUCUAAUAUCAAUCGAUGGACCAUUAUCCACAUUCAUUUUAUGUAAGGGAAUAUU